AAGCCGAUACAGUCGCAACAAAGAGCAAAAAAAACAUAGAGAGAAGAAGUUGAAAAGAGAAAAAGUGAGCACAGGGAGAGAAAUAAAGAGAAAAAUCAGACAUUGUCUGACCGUACGGUAUUUGAGAGAGAGAGAGAGAGAGAGAGAGAGAGAGAGAGAGAGAGAGAGGAAAGGGGAUUUGGAGAGAAAGCACAAACUCCAGUACUGUUGAGGCUUCUAAAAAAUCAUUGUCUUCUUCACUUAGAUUAGUGUAUUGUAUUCACUGGAUCGAUCUCUGACGAUCUUUGUACAACAUUUUGAUACAGUAUCUGUAGAACGUUUUCUUCUUAGAUUUACUGUAAAGUGUACAGAAUCCUCUCCCUCAUCCCCAAAAGAUAACCCCGUUUCCAUGGAGUUGUACGGUCGGAACCAAGCAUGGAAUGGGUCGCAAUCGGGUCAGCAACCCGAAUGGAGCCCCGCGGGAGGUGAAACAGGCCUAGAAGAAUCGAUGUGGCGAUUGGGGCUAGCCACCAGUGAAUCAUAUCCGGAGAGGCCCGGCGUGCCCGACUGUGUGUACUAUAUGCGAACAGGGUUUUGUGGAUAUGGUAGCAGGUGCCGAUAUAAUCACCCUCGAAAUCGCGUUGGGGUUGAGGCAGCUGUAAGAGCUACUGGGGAGUAUCCAGAACGUGUGGGAGAACCCCCUUGUCAGUUUUACUUGAAGACCGGAACCUGUAAAUUUGGAGCAUCUUGCAAGUUCCAUCAUCCGAAGCAUGGAGGUGGAUCCUUGAGCCAUGUUCCUCUUAAUACACAUGGAUACCCGUUACGACCGGGUGAGAUAGAAUGCUCCUACUAUUUGAAAACGGGGCAAUGCAAAUUUGGUGUAACUUGUAAAUUCCAUCAUCCUCAACCAGCUGGCUCAUCGUUGCCAGAAUCUGCACCCCAGUUUUAUCAGCCGGUGCAGUCACCUUCAAUUACUAUACCUGACCAAUAUGGGGCAGCAUCCACCAGUUUGAGGGUGAGGCCUCCGCUAUUACAUGGUUCAUAUGUGCAAGGGGCUUACGGUCCUGUGCUGCUUUCCCCUGGAGUGGUUCCUAUUCCGGGUUGGAGUCCUUACUCGGCACCUGUAAGUCCUGCUCUGUCCCCUGGUGCACAGCCUGCAGUCGGGGCAACUUCUGUGUAUGGUAUAACACAAUUAUCUUCUUCAGCACCUACAGCUGGACCGUAUCCCUUGCCCUCUUCUGUUGCUGGCCUCUCAAGUGGUACCCAGAAGGAACAGCAUUUCCCUGAGAGACCUGGUGAACCUGAAUGCCAGUACUACUUGAGGACUGGAGACUGUAAAUUUGGAUCAUCUUGUAGAUAUCAUCACCCUCGAGAUCGGGUCUUGCCAAGAACAAAUUGUGUCCUCAGCCCUCUUGGUCUUCCUUUACGUCCAGGAAUUCAACCUUGUUCCUUCUACUUGAGAAAUGGGAACUGCAAAUUUGGGGCCACGUGCAAAUUUGAUCACCCGACAGGAUCAAUAAGAUACAGUCCAUCAGCAUCAUCUCUUAUCGAUAUGCCAGUUGCUCCAUAUCCAGUUGGGUCUUUGCUUGCUACUUUGGCCCCUUCAUCCUCUUCUUCUGAAUUGCGACCUGAACUGAUUGGAGUGGCAAAAAAGGAUCCUUAUUUGAACAGAAUUCCUUCUACUGGAAACACAUCAAGCAGUUCAGUUGGGUUGAUGUUCUCCCAGACUGGGUCUGUUCCACUUUCUGAGUUGCAACAUUCAAGUCAAAGUUCUGUACCGUUAACCAGUGGCAGAAGUACAAGACAAGGUGGUGAGGUUCGUCAUUCAAGUUGAGGUAGAACCCCAAAGUCACCAUUCAUUAUCUAGUGCAUGUGAUUUCAUUACUCUGUGUAAAGGUCUAUCAUCCAUUUUGGUUUCUGCUCAUGCUAGGACUGGUCGUUUUUAUUCUCAUAUCAUCUAUCUACUCAUUUAUAUUAUCUCAAAUAAGCUUCAGUCAUAAUCUCUAUCUGAACUUCUCUACAAAGGUUGGAAAUAAUUUGUGUCAGGCUAGCCCACAACCUUCUCUCUAUUGGUCUUUGUAUACUUUGAUUGUGAUCCCUUUUUGUGAUGGAAGGAAUUGGUGAAUCCAUCUUCCCUCCCUCCCUUCUCCCCCAACACACACAUUUAGUAGUCAGCCAUCUCUCUCUUUCUCUCUCAUACAUAGUUUUCGCUGGAAAAUUUGGGGCAAAUAUCCAGUUCUGUAGUUUUAGAACACACUAUUUGAUCUGAGAGGAGUUAGAAGGUAUUCAAUUUGCCUGCUUUAGGGCAGUGAUGGGCUAAUGUUUUGAAGACUACAAUUAGGUAUAUGGGAUUGCAGCCAAAAUUUGACACCAAGAUGUCACUGUGAAGCUCUUCAGGCUUAGUUAUUGGUGGGAUGGAGAUGUCCUUUGAAUGUAAAAUAUCUGUAUUUGUCUGCACUGUUUCAAUUUAUAUUAGACAUUGCGGAAAGUUGAGUUACUUCCUUCUUUGUUAUGGCCAAGAUUGCUGUGGAGUUUCAGGUUGCAUAUUGACCAUAUUCUGAAUUAAUUGAUCUCGACUAAUUGUUCCUGUAGCAGUCAUGUAUACGGUAUACUUGAUCUUCAAUCCACUUUCUGCUUUAUCCAAUCACACCUGGAUGUAAGAACUUCAUAUUACAAGAGAGAAAAAUUCUUCUUCUUCUUCCUUCAAA